UGAGUCUCAUUUAUUUUUAAAAGAAACCUCUGAGAAGAGCUUAGAACAAUUUUUUCCCUUGAGUGCCAUUUCCCAAAGGUACUCACUGAACAAUAAGGUGUGACUGUAAUGGCUGCACUGAGUUGUCUUUUGGACAGUGUUAGAAGGGACAUAAAGAAGGUGGACAGAGAAUUAAGACAGUUGAGAUGCAUCGAUGAAUUCAGCACCCGAUGCCUGUGCGACUUGUACAUGCACCCGUACUGCUGCUGUGACUUGCAUCCCUACCCAUACUGCCUGUGCUACUCGAAGCGAUCGCGAUCCUGCGGCCUGUGUGACCUCUACCCGUGCUGCCUGUGUGACUACAAGCUGUACUGCCUUCGCCCGUCCCUCAGGAGUUUGGAGAGGAAAGCCAUCAGAGCCAUCGAGGACGAAAAGAGAGAGCUUGCCAAGCUCAGAAGAACAACAAACAGAAUCCUGGCCUCCUCUUGCUGUAGCAGUAACAUCUUGGGGUCAGUGAACGUGUGUGGCUUUGAACCUGAUCAAGUCAAAGUACGAGUAAAGGACGGAAARGUGUGUGUGUCAGCUGAACGGGAGAACAGGUACGACUGCCUAGGAUCCAAAAAGUACAGCUAUAUGAACAUCUGCAAAGAGUUCAGCUUGCCGCCAUGUGUAGACGAAAAGGAUGUAACUUACUCCUACGGCCUCGGCAGUUGUGUCAAGAUCGAGUCUCCAUGCUACCCUUGUGCCUCCCCCUGCAACCCGUGCAACCCCUGCAACCCCUGCAACCCGUGCAACCCUUGCAGCCCCUGCAGCCCUUGCAACCCUUGCGACCCCUGCAACCCCUGCUACCCCUGUGGAAGCCGAUUUUCCUGUAGGAAAAUGAUUUUGUAAAUUGUGCUUAGGAAUCCAUGUCUUAGCCGAAGUCAGAUAUUCCAGCCAGGCAGCUCUUCCAGCAUUUCUCUUCCCCUUCCCAAGGCCCUUGUUGUUCAAGUACAUAGGAAACUAAAUACAUAAUUGCAAUCUG